CACUGGCAAUUAAUAAUGGCCAUAAAAGCUUUCUUCUUGGUGGCCCUCUGUCUCUGCAUCGUCCUUCCCUUUUCCACUUCACAUCACGGCCCUUUCCGCGUCAAGGGUCGCGUCUACUGUGACACCUGCCGUGCCGGCUUCGAGACCAAUGUCACCACUUACAUUGCAGGGGCGAAGGUGAGAGUUGAGUGCAAAGACAGGGAGAGCUUGGCGGUGGAAUACAGAAAAGAAGGGGUGACAGAUUCUACAGGAACUUACAGCAUACAGGUUGAGCAUGAUCAUGGGGAUCAUUUAUGUGAGAUAUUGUUUGUGAGCAGUCCGGUUGCAGAUUGCAAAGUGCCAGAUCCAGGACGAAGCAAAGCCAGCAUCGUGCUCACUCGUACUGAGAAUGGCGUCGUCAAUGAUCUUCACUAUGCCAAUGCUUUGGGAUGCUACAAGGACGUGCCUUUGCCUGAAUGCUACCAGCUCCUUCAAUACUACUUGGCUGAUGAUGCUUGAUCCGUCUUCAUUUUCUUUCUUGCAUGCACAUUCAUUUCUUCAUUAUUAUUUGCUUCUUAAGGUUUGUAACAUUCUUAAUUUGCUACUUUGUUAAUUAGAUCUAAGAUCUGUAUGUUUAAUUGCGUGAGAUCUCUUAAAUAUAGCCUUUCUCAUCAUACA